UUGGUAUCAACUUAAAGUCUGAGAUAUUGAUGCCCGGCGAAAGAUACGAGGAAGACUGGAACUAGAAGACUAAAGCAACAUGGCGGUAGCGGUCGAGGCAGAAUAUAUAUACGAGCGUAACAUGUGUAACUGUUGAUAAACAAGAUUUCAAGUGUAAUAAAUGCGAGGAAAGGAGAGAUCUUCCGAUGAAGCUUUUCGAUGAUGCGUUUAGGACCAUUCUGUGUGCACAAGCUUUCGUUAAAGUUGUUUUUGGCGUGCACUUUCACGUCCGUCACAACUUUGUACCUGUUUUGGAGUGGAUGUGAAGUUCAUUCAACUCUUCCCACAAAUAAAUACGAAGAGAUAAGAGGUGUGCCGCUAACUGCUAUCGAUUGUUCCAAAGUAAUUGCUGGAACAAGCAAGGACGAAGACAAUCCCACAGAAAGGACAGAAUUAAGCACACAGAAACUCGCAGAAUCAGACGCGGCCGUUUGUCCGAACGACCAUCGAAUCGACGUAAUCGUCAACGGGGGAAAGAAAUUAGAGGGACGAUUGAUAGAAAACGAAGCUUAUGUGCCUUUUUCUUUUGUGAAAGACUAUUUUGACAUUUAUGGUGACCUUCAGGAGUUAGAUGGAAAGACUGUAUUAGAUUGGCGUCAUUCUUACUCCGAUAUACACCAUCCGAAAGCCGGAGUUGUGUACGAAACAAAAGACCCUUUCCUCUGGUUUGAACAUUAUCAUGUUGAAGGUCGUUCAAGAGUAAAAUGUAUUAGUGGAGUCGAAGAUGUUCCAGUUUCGUUACAGUGGAGUCCAGAAGGACAUUUUUAUCCUAUUCAAAUUGCGCAGUAUGGUCUCUCUCACUACAACUUGCUGCAUAUUGAAGGUGAUUCAGAAGGGAAAGAGAAAGUUUUCGAGGAUGCCGAGACUGUUUCAGAAGUAAAUUGGAGCUGGGCCUUCCCUAAAAGUGCGCAGAUUACCAACGUGUUCGAUAAGGAACGAAAUUCUCGAGUUUUACAAUUUUCUACCACAGGUUUGACGGGAGAAGGCAUUUCCCUUAGCGUGGACAGUGCAACAAAGGAUUUUGUUUUAAACUUCGACCUCCUCCUCCGAGGUGAAGUUCGUGUUUCCAUUGUAUUAGAACUAGACAACGCUGAUUUAUACACAGUGCAUUACACAUCCAACAACGCUUUUCUUUCGUCCAACGGCAAGGAGGUGUUUUAUGGUGUGGGACACUGGAAAGGCUGGAGAAGAAUUGCGCGGAAUUUAGACACGGAUUUAAGAAAAGGAAUAAAGUUUCCUGAUAAAAAGAAUGCUAGAAAGGGUAAAAUGACGUUGACAGAAGUACAAAGCAUUUUACUUCACGGGAAGGGUUUAAUUGAUAAUAUCACAUUAAUGCGCUCAGCUCAUGAGCAUUCGUUUCUGGCCGCGGCAAACUGGUUCUUACGUUAUCAAAAUAACCUUGGUAGCUGGCCAAUCACAGUAAAGCGUAAAGUGAUUGACGGCGUCACUCUGUUGCCUGACUGGUAUUCAGCCAUGGGGCAGGGGCAAGGCAUGUCUCUGUUGACCAGAGCUUAUCUCUUCACGAAAAACCCGGCCUACUUAAGAGCAGCUCUCCGAGCCACUAAACUGUUCAAAGUCAAGGCUGUAGACAAAGGAGUUUUAAACACGUUCAUGAACCAGUAUCACUGGUACGAGGAAUACCCCACAUCGCCAUCAACGCUAGUCUUAAACGGUUUUAUUUACUCGUUGCUCGGGCUCUACGACUUGAAGCUUACUGCGGGUCCUCAACAAGGUGCCGAGGCAGCAGAGUUGUUCGAUCAGGGCAUGCGCUCUUUAAAAGCAAUGCUACCUCUAUAUGACAGUGGAUCCGGGAGCUUUUACGACCUCCGUCACAUGACCAUGCACGUCGCGCCCAAUUUGGCGCGUUGGGAUUAUCAUACGCUACAUGUUAGUCUAUUGUAUGUCUUGGCGAAUAUCGACCCAGAUCCCAUCCUCAAGACAACGGCAAUGCGUUGGGAAGGAUAUACUCAAGGAAAGAGAGCCAAACACAAUUAAGUUUUUACAUAGUAGAGCAAUUUUCAAUUGAGUGUCGAAAGUAAUCCUGUAUUGCUUUGGUUUUUACUAAACUUAGCUCUAUGAUUGGUCCAGAAAACGUGCGCCAUCUUCUCAACCAAUCAGGUGCAAAACUAAAAACGAUCGCUCUUGGUCUUCCGCGUUUUCCCACGGUUUAAGCAGUUUGCUUGUUUUCGCUUUGAGUUCUCAUUGGCUAACGAUGGUGUACAUCUUUGUUCUGAUUGGUCGCUGGGAUUACUUUGGUUUUGGCUUUUCUGACACAUAAUGGAAAACUGCUCUAUUUCCUUUUUUAAUCAUUGAUUUCUGCUUUUGACAGACUUUGAUUGAAAUAUAAAAAUGUGUUAGCGUUUAUUUAAGAUCAUUAAUUGUACGGCUCUUUACGGCCGAUGUCAUGAAAUUUAUUUAUUACU